AUGGCCUUGGUUUGGCUGUAUUCGCGUCAAAUCUCGCUCGCUCUGCUUCCUUUCACCGUUUACUCGGUCUUCCACGUCGCGACCUACUCGCGUGCCCACCUGAUCCCCACCUUGCAGCCUCCUCAGGGUGGCGCCCCUGCCUCGCCCACUUCUCCUAGCGCCCCCAAGCCUGCCCCCAAGCAGUCUCCUCUGGCCGAGACCAUCGGACGAUUUGUCAAGCAGUACUACGAUACCAGCAUGGACCUUGUCGCCGGGCUUGAAAUUAUGCUUUUGCUGCGCCUGGUCGUCUCGAUCCUGACUUUCUCCAAGGGAAGCUUCGUUCUCUUGUUCAUCUACCUCGCCUUCUUCCGCGCCAGAUACAGCCAGAGCACGUUCGUUCAGCAGGGCGUUCGCCACUUCACCGCCCGUGUUGAUGCUUCCGUCUCCCACCAGAGCACCCCCCCUGCUGUGCGCCAGGGCUGGGAGAGCUUCAAGGGCAUCGUGCGCCAGGCUUACGAAUCCACUGACCUGGGCCGCCUGAUCGGCAAGGCGGAUGCCAAGAAGCCGCAAUAA